CCUAGGAUAAGCUCUUUACAAGCAGUUCAUGUGCGGGUAGAUCCCCAUUGCCAUCUUCUGUUUCUUCACUCCUGGCAUCUGAUUCUUUCUGUUUGUCUUUUUUCUUCCUUCAAUUUCUUUGCUUAUCAGUUACUACUUCCUCGAGAAACAAACAAGCAUUGCUCCUUUCGAAUUUCUUUUGGCGUGAUUAUUUCUUUCUCUUCUUCAUUUUUGUUCGAUGAGACUUGAUUUUACUUCCCUGUGCUGGUUCUGAAUUACGAAUGGAGCUUUUUUAGUGGAGGUGAUCGACGCUAGAGUUAAUUCCUGUGGUUGAAGAUGAUUCCAUGGGGAGGAAUCACUUGCUGCAUGAGCGCGGCUGCCCUUUAUCUGCUUGGCAGGAGCAGCGGCAGGGAUGCGGAUAUUCUUAGAAAAGUUACGCGAGUUAAUCAGUUGAAGGAAUUGGCGCAGUUGCUUGACAUUGAAAGCAAAAUAAUGCCAUUGAUUGUUGCCAUAUCUGGAAGAGUUGGCUCUGAGACACCAAUUAGUUGCGAGUACAGCGGCUUAAGGGGAGUUAUAGUGGAGGAAACGGCUGAACAACAUUUUCUCAAACACAAUGAUGCUGGUUCUUGGAUACAAGAUAGUGCCCUAAUGCUGUCAAUGAGUAAAGAGGUUCCUUGGUACCUGGAUGAUGGGACUGCUCGUGUAUUUGUAGUAGGAGCACGAGGUGCUACUGGUUUUGUUCUUACUGUGGGGAGUGAAGUAUUUGAAGAAUCAGGGCGGUCUCUCGUACGAGGAACGUUGGACUAUCUCCAAGGCCUCAAGAUGCUUGGAGUCAAACGUAUUGAACGUGUACUUCCAACUGGUACUUCCUUGACAGUUGUUGGUGAGCCUGUUAAAGAUGACAUUGGAACAAUUCAGAUACGAAGACCGCACAAACGGCCUUUUUACGUCUCCAAAUCAAUGGAUCACCUGAUUUCCAUAGGGAAAUGGGCAAGGUGGUACAAGUAUGCUUCGAUGGGGCUAACAUUCCUUGGUGUUUUUCUAAUUGCAAAGCGUUCUAUUGAGUAUGUUUUGGAGAGAAGGCGGCGACGAGAGUUGCAGAAAAGGGUUCUUGCCGCAGCAGCGAAAAGAUCAGGGCAAGAUAAUGAAGGUUCAAAUAUAAUACCUGAAAAUGGGUUGGAUGGUGCUAAGAGAGAGCAUCUGAUGCCAGAUCUAUGCGUGAUAUGCCUUGAGCAAGAGUACAAUGCUGCUUUUGUCCCGUGUGGUCAUAUGUGUUGUUGUAUGACUUGCUCUUCCCACUUGACAAACUGCCCGCUUUGCCGGAGACGGAUUGAGCAGGUGCUCAGGACCUUCCGCCAUUGAAAAUAUGCUUCUUAGACUUACUUCGGCUCUACUGGAUGGAAAAAACGCUUGGAAGGAGAGGACAUUCUUUCUCCCAGCUAGAGGAAUACAUUUUUCUUGUAAAUUACUUAAAAGCCAUUAGUUUGAGGCUGAUUUGUAAAUAUUUAAAGAGAAUACAAUCUCCAAGAUGGCUGAUCCUUGAAUUCUCUGAUAAAUUUAUGUGAUCUUUACAUUCAAGGGUCGUUUGGGGGAAGAUUUCUAUCAAAAUUUGUAUAUUUCUUAAAGAAAUUACGUGAUGAAAUUAAAAUAUUUUAGUCA